AUGGACGGGAUAUCAUCGAUCUCGGCAAUCGAUCAAAAGAUGGCUGAAAUGCGCAUCAAAAACUUGGAAUUACUUAAACGUCAUCAGGAAAUCGAAGAAGAUCGACAACUUGCUCAACAAUCAGGUGCAAUAACAGCAACAAAUAAAAUUGAAUCUGGAGAAAAUACGAUACCGAUGACAACACCUAUGCGAGGUGGCAAAAAAAACCGUGGACGAAAUGCAGCAACUCAACAAAAUUCCCAAAAAAAUUCAAAUGAACAAAUGCGUCGAGCACCAACACGACGAAAAUUUGAAAACGAUCGUACUGAUAUUCAACCUCAACGUGCUCAACGAGUUGAUUACAAUCGUUUAAAACGUGAACGAGCACAAGAACUAGUUAAUCAACACCAACAACAAAAUAAUAAUAAUAAUAAUAAUAGUUCAAUCAGUCCUGAAUUACUUGAAUAUGCAUAUCCAUUUCAUCAUCGAACAGAAGAUAAUCGUGCUACUCGUAUUGGCAGUGGACGUUUGAAUCAACAACAACAACAACAACAACAAACUCAAGAGCAAGGACAACGUCGACGAGAAGAACGAAUGCGUCGAUCUGGAGUACAUAGUAAUGUUCAUUCAGGAGAUCCUUCCGAGUUUCAUCUAGAUAUACCACAAAUACCAAUGUGGCAAAAUGGUUCUCUACCACCUUCAAUUCAUGUACAACUUUUACCAACAAAUAUCAAUGGACAUCAUGCAAGUAUCGAUCAUUUUAUUAAUAAUGGUGGAGAUCAGCUAGAUCAAUCUGCUUAUCCUCAUAAUUUUGUUUAUUCAUCACCAGUUCAAUCAACAGCAUUCAAUGGAAAUGGUACUGUUUAUUUUGCUCAUCCAUCUUCACCUUUAUCUACUGGUCCUCCAUCUUCACAACAGUCACAACCACAUUUUCAUCAAUAUUAUGCAACGCGUACAUUUGAAAACUCCAAUCGUCAACAAUUUCAUCAUCCACCUCAUUUCCAAUCAUCAUCCAUUUUUCAACCAUCAUUACCACUCCAUGCUCCUCCUCCUCCUCCUCUUCCUCCUCUUCCAACACAGUUAUCAGCUCCAUCAACUUCAACCUCUCAUAUUCACCAAGAACAACAAGAUCUAUCGGUUGAUUUACCACCACGAUUUCGUCGUUUAAAAAAUCCGGAUCAAGACAAUAAAUAUUCAAAACAAAGACCAAUGUCUGGUGAUUUCGAAUGUUUAUAUAAUUCAUCUUUCACUUCUAAUGAUAAUCGUUUUCAAUCACGUCCACAAUCAUUUUAUGAUUUUUCAUCUCAACAACAAUCAAAUACAAAUUUGUUUCGUCCAUCAAAUAAUAAUAAUAAUAAUAAUAAUAAUAAUAAUAAUAAUAAUAAUAAUAAUCGUUAUCAACGAAAUAAUAAUAAUAGUAGCCUACCACUUGCUGCAUAUAUGAAUACAAACGAAUCAUCAUAUCGAAAUGAAAAUAACAACAAUAAUAAUUAUUGGGGAACAUCAUAUCAAAGACGACGAUCAACAAAACAACGAAUAUAUCAUAAUGAUAAGCAUCAAUUUCCAUUAUCAUCAUAUGACCCACGUCAAUAUGGUUUUAAUAAUAAUUAUGAACGACGAAAUGAUUUCAUUAAUCGAUCGAAUUCAAAUCGACAAAAUAUAAACCAUAUUGAAAUAAAUGAUUCAAAUGAUAUUAAUCUUAUUGAAGAAUGGUGGGAAGAUGAUAAUCCAGAAUUAAUUGGAACAAACCAAUUAAUAGCUAAUAUUGAUUCUCAACCAACAACAACAACAACAGUAGAUGAUAGUGGAAAUAGUUCAUUAUCAACAAGUAUACAUUUAAAAGAAUCAACAUUAGAUGAUGAAGAAAAUAAUGCAUCAAUUCAUGAUGUUAUUAGUCCACCAUCAAAUGUUUCAACAACAGAUAGUAAUAUUAUUGAAUCACUUGAUCAACUUCAACAACAAUUGAAAUUAGAAGAAGCUGUAGAAAAACAAUUAGCAUCAGAAACUGAUCAGGUCGAAAAUGAAUUAUUAUUAUUAUCAUCAAAUAAAGAACCGACGACAUAUGAAACAGCUCAUUUUUUGGAAUGGGCAAAAGAAAAAUUUAGAGAGGAAUUAGCAGUUCGACUUACAGCUCAGGAAAUUGAACAACAUGAUGCUGUAGCAAUUGAUGAAGAUGAUGAUGACGAUGAUAAUAUUGUUGUAACUACGAAUUUUAAUAUAGGAAAAUAUCAUAUCGAUCACACAACUGAUGAAGAUAUUGACAAUGCUAUUGAUAAUAUAGAAGAACUUGAAGACGACCUUCACCAAAAAUUAUUAAUUGAAGAAAAUGCAAAGAAAUCAGUCGUUGUUGAAUGA